AUGGAGAGCGCCGAAGCCCGCGCGCGGCCCGAGCGCCUGGCCGAGGCCGACGGCGGGCGCCUGGUGGAGGUGCAGCUGAGCGGUGGCGCCCCGUGGGGCUUCACCCUGAAGGGCGGCCGCGAGCACGGCGAACCGCUCGUCAUCACCAAGAUUGAAGAAGGAAGCAAAGCCGCGGCUGUGGACAAGUUACUGGCUGGAGACGAGAUUGUUGGCAUCAAUGACAUCGGGCUCUCGGGGUUCCGGCAGGAAGCCAUCUGCCUGGUGAAGGGUUCCCACAAGACCUUGAAGCUGGUGGUAAAGAGGAGGAGUGAGCUGAGCUGGAGGCCACACUCCUGGCAUGCCACCAAGUUCUGUGAUGGCGCCCCUGAGGCGGUAGCCAUUCCAUUCUCCACGGCCGGCACCUGCCCAUCCUGGCACACCCGGCACCAUGCGAGCUCCUCUUCCCAUGACCUGUCUGGCACGUGGGAGCAGACGAACCUGCAGCGCACCUCAGACCACUUCAGUUCCCUGGGCAGCGUUGACAGCCUGGACCCCCCCACCCAGCCCUACUCCUCUGGCCGCCUCUCGGCCGCCAAGUCCAGCAGCAGCAUCGACCACCUGAGUGGCUCAAACAAGCGGGACUCGGCCUAUGGCUCCUUCUCCACCAGCUCCAGCACACCAGACCAUACACUGCCCAGGGCCGACGGUUCGUCCACAGAGAACCUCCUCUACAAGGUGGGCCUGUGGGAGAGCUGCCGGCCAGGCGGCAGGCAGGGCCAGGUCGGGGGCGAGCUCACUCACGGCCUGGAGGAGAGGCUCAGCUAUAUGCCCACCGGCCCACACCACGAGAGUGGCAAGAGCCCCAGGCGGGAGGACAGCCCUGAGCCAAAGUUGGCUGCUUGCAUGGGAAAGUCCAACUUUGGGCCUGUCUGGUAUGUUCCUGACAAGAAGAAGCCUCCCACCUCCCCUCCUCCUCCCCCUCCACCUCUGCGUAGCGACAGCUUCGCCGCCACCAAGGGCCAUGAGAAGUCUCCAGGCCCCCUGUUCUCAGAGGUGGCUGCCACGCAGGAUCUGACCAUCCUGUCCCAGGGCCUACCGCCAGCCGAGUGGAGAACAGACCCCACAGAAGCGCCGCGACAGCUGGUCCGGGCUGGGGACAGGAGGUGGCCUGGCAACUGUGGCCACCAUGUGGACCUGCCCCUGGAUGGUGGCUGGCCCCCCUCAGAUGGCCGGGUGGGCGGCUUCCCUGGGACCCCCAGUAGGCUACAGGCCUCCCUGUCCAGCUGUGAUGUGCGUUUUGCCCAGUCCCCCUAUGGACACCAGCACCCUCGCCAGUACAGUGAUGAGAGCCCCAUCCUCCAUGAGGGCCCCAGGCCCCCUGCAUCACCCAGGGAGCUGUGGCAGUUGGCCCUCCUCAGAGGCCGCCAGGAGUCUCCUGCCGACCACUUCCAGGACAAUGGCUUCGCUCCUGUGAGGUGGCUUGGUGCUGCAGACCAGAAGGUGGAGGGUGGCGGACAGAGCCGCUAUUAUUGUGCGUCCUCCAAGCAGCCCGUCCAGGGGAGUGCUCAGACACCACAGCUCAGCAAGGAGUGUUGGCUGUCCGUAGCAGGUGCUGGCGUGGCGCAGGGGGUCCAGGAGUGUCCUUCUACACACCGGAUGAGCCCAAAACCACGAUGUUACCUACCUCAGCAUGGCAAGAUGCUAGACCCCAAUGAAAGAGAACAGUGGCACCCACUGGAUAGAGGUGGGGAGGGCUGGCCCAUGGGAACCGAGGAGCCCCCCAGAACCAGCCAUGUAGAGAAAGCCAGCCCGAAGAGAACUGCAGACGGCAACUUCCAGUGGGUGGACGGAGAAAGCAGCAAGAUCUCGCCUCAGAAGACACCUAUGUUGCACUCCUUGACUCAAGAAGGGAAGAAGAGCCAGCCAGGACACCACCAAGAUGGCCACCUGAGGCACGACCAAGAUUGCGGCCCUGGACACCACCAAGUUGGUGGCCCAGGACACAACCAAGAUGAUUGCCUGAGGCACCACCAAGAUGGCCGCCGCCCAGGGCACCACCAAGAUAGUGGCAUGGGGAAGCCACUCCCGUUUGACUCCCAGGUAGGAAAGCCAAUACGGAGAAGUGACCGCUUUGCCACCACACUGAGGAAUGAGAUCCAGAUGCGGCGAGCCAAGUUGCAGAAGAGCAAGAGUACUGUGACUCUGGCAGGGACAGAUGAGCCCAAGGAAGACCCUGGUGGUUGGAGGGUGGAGCUGGGGGCUGUCACUGGUGCCACUCCAGAAGGUUCCUUCACCAGCACCUACAAAGACCACCUGAAGGAGGUCCAAGCCAGGGUCCUGAGGGCCACGUCAUUUAAGCGUCGUGACUUGGACCCCAGCCCCGGUGACCAUUGCCCAGUGCCACCGGAGCACAGGCCUGGGGACCGUGACACCUCAUCCCUGUACCCCUUGGGUCUGGAUGCUGCCCCCCAUUUCCUGGAGGGGGACUCGGCCAAGCUGUCCUUGCCUGGAGGGGGCGUGCCCCACAUCCUCCGCAUUGGGGGCCGGAGACGCUUCACAGCAGAACAGAAGCUGAAGUCGUAUUCUGAGCCUGAGAAAAUACAUGAGGUGGGGCUCUCAGGGAAUUACCGUCCUCACCAGGUCCCCAACAGAGUUGAGGACACGGUGGGCACUUUUGCUGACAGGCGGAAGUUUUUUGAGGAGACAAGCAGAUCCGCUCAUCAGAGGCCAGAGCAGAGACAGGCUCUGUGUGGGUUCCCCAGAGAGAAGCCAGAGCGGCUGCAGACAGCUGGUCAUGGGUAUGAGGGUACGGAACCUUGGUUCCUGAGGAGGGGGCGCACCACCUCCUUUGGGGAAAACCCCAGCAGUCACAGGAAAGCAGAAAAGGUGGGGAAAUUCGAGCCGCCCCAGAGACUUGGGACCUUUGCUGAGUAUCAAGCCUCUUGGAAGGAACAACGGGAGCCUCUGGAAACCAGGAGCUCUGGACGGUAUCACUCGGCAGAUGACAUUCUGGAUGUGGGGCUGAACCAGCACGAGAGACCACAAUACAUGCAUGCGAGGUCCAGGUCGUCGCCAUCCACGGACCACUAUAAAGAGGAAGUGUCUGUGGAGUCCAGGAGGCAGGCAGAAGACCCCGCGGAGCCCAGAGAACACGGCACCCCUGCCGACCCCGCUCAGGAGGGCGGUUCCACUCUGGGGUAGGUGAAGUGUGCAUGUAGGGAAGGACAUCCAGGGCCACAGCAACACCCCCCUAAUCGCAACGGGAAGAUUCACUGUCCCCCAACCUUCUCAUCUAUCGCCCACCCACAAGAAGCCUCGGAGCUGCUCCAGAAAGGCCGGUGCCGAGCGGGGACGCUGCCUCGUGAUUAUCGAUACUCAGAGGAGGACAGCCCGGCAGACUUGCUCCCACUGCUCUGCUCAGGACCCCCGGCCCCGAGCACCUCCUCGUCCCUGCCUGGGCGAGGUGGGGACGCCUGGGUGGUGAGCGCUGUACCCCUCACCAAGCGGCCGGCCCCACAGAGGCCCCUGCCGCCCAAGCGGGAGCCCCGGAGGGCCAGGGGGCUGGACAGUGCAGCCGUGGGAGCUGUUCCUACUGAGGCCCCGCCAGCUGCCCCUCUGGACGUGUGUGUGAGCCGACUGUCUGUCUCCCAGAGCCCACCUGCCGUCGCCCGGCCCCAUGACGCCCCGCCGGCCGCCCCCAGUGAGCAUGACCACCAGCAUGUGAAUGAGGACCCGCCCAAACCUGGGCACCCACAGAGAGCCACCAUGGAGACCUCCCGCUCCCCUUCCCCGCAGUUUGCGCCACAGAAGCUAACUGACAAGCCCCCCCUGCUCAUCCAGGAUGAGAGCUCAACAAGAAUUGAGCGGUUGAUGGAGAACAACACGACAGUGAAGAUGGUGCCCAUCAAGAUCGUGCACUCAGAGAGCCAGCCCGAGAAAGAGAGCCGCCAGGGCCUGGCCCAGCCUGCCGAGCCGCCCACCCUGCCCAGCGGGCUGGAGCGCGACCAGAUCAAGACGCUGAGCACAUCAGAGCAGUCCUAUUCCCGCUUCUGCGUGUACACUCGGCAGGGCGCCGAGUCUGGGGAGCCACCCCGAGCCCGGCCGACCGAGCCCGAGCCCCCUGGCGCCCAGGUGCCCCCCACCAAGGAGAGCUGUGCCUCCCCUGGGGGGCUCAGCUACAUGAAGGCCAAAGAGAAGACAGCAGAGGACCUUAAGUCUGAGGAGCUGGCCCGUGAGAUCGUGGGGAAGGACCGGUCCCUGGCUGACGUCCUGGACCCCAGUGUGAAGAUGAAGACCACCAUGGACCUGAUGGGGGGCAUUUUCCCCAAGGACGAGCAACUCCUGGAGGAGGCCCAGCAGCGGAGAAAGCUGCUCCCCAAAGGCCCCUCCCCGCGGACAAUGGAGGACAAGAAAGAGGAGCCGAGUGUGGCAACGGCCAUGUCCCUGGCCACCAGCUCCACGUACUACAGCACAUCGGCCCCUAAGGCGGAGCUGCUAAUCAAGAUGAAGGAUCUGAAGGAGCAGCAGGAUGCCCAGGAGGACUCAGGGAGUGACCUGGACCAUGACCUGUCGGUGAAGAAGCAGGAACUCAUUGACAGCAUCAGUCGCAAGCUGCAGGUGUUGCGGGAAGCCCGGGAGACGCUGCUGGAGGACAUCCAGGCCAACAACGAGCUCGGGGAUGAAAUGGAGGCCAUCGCCAAAGAUGUCUGCAAGCCCAACGAGUUUGACAAGUUCCGUAUGUUCAUCGGGGACCUGGACAAGGUGGUGAACCUCUUGCUGUCACUGUCAGGCCGCCUGGCCCGUGUGGAGAACGCCCUCAAUAACCUGGACGACAGUGCUUCUCCUGGGGACCGGCAGUUGCUGCUGGAGAAGCGGAGGGUCCUCACCCAGCAGCAUGAAGAUGCCAAGGAGCUCAAGGAGAACCUGGACCGACGGGAGCGCGUCGUGUUUGACAUCCUGGCCAGCUACCUCAGCGAGGAAAACCUGGCAGACCACAAGCACUUUGUGAAGAUGAAGUCGGCCCUCAUCAUUGAGCAGCGGGAGCUGGAGGACAAGAUCCACCUCGGCGAGGAGCAGCUCAAAUGUCUGCUCGACAGCCUCCAGCCUGAGCAUAACAAAUAGGGGUCUCCCGUGGUGAGUAGGGAGAGGCCCAGCCCAACUCCAGCGGCCAGGGCAGCCCACCCUGUGGUUGAGCCUUGGAGAGACUGUCCCCUGCAAGAUGGCUCUUGGAAAAGCAAUAACUCCUCUGUUUGUUUGGGAUGCUGUAUUUAAUUGUUUGGUUUCCCUUUGCAUGGCUGAGCUGGGCAGCUCGUUAUUGGUCCUUUCCUCAAAUGUGACCCUGCACCGAGUCUCCACACUGGACGCUGGCGCAGUUGUACAUGCAGUGGUUACCUGGAGGGUCAGCCUGCUGUUCCCCUGUCUUCGGGUGCUGUACUGACGCUGGGACACCAGUGAGCAUUUGCCACUGGGAGCCUGGUGCCAUUGUCGCUCACGUUGCCUCCAGGACACAGCCGCCAUGUGGGUUUUGUCUCUGCUGAAGGGGCAGCAUGAGCAUGGGUCGUCUCAGCCGUAUCCUGGUGUUUCUGGGCCCAGCAAACAUCGUGAUGGUGGAGAUAAUAAUAAUUUAUUAACGGUUUGGUGUGGUGGAUCAUUUCCUAGUGGUUAAAAACCUGCUGUGAAAUAAAUAGCCCAAGUGUUGGGUUCACUCGUUCUCAGACGAAAGUCGCCACUUAACGCAGUCGUUAAACACACUCACGCACAAAGCAGACAGGUAGCUCAGGUGCUUCCUGCUCGACAGCACGGUUCAAAGGACGUUUUCCCGCCAAGCAAAUUAGUUGGGUUAAGAAGUGUGUCUAGUGAUAAUGUGCUUGUUGGAUAUUUGUUUCAUGAGACCAACUUAGUAUUUUUUAAGUUAUGUUUCCCCCUGCCCAUCUGUUUUGUGGAUGGGUGAUCUGUCAUGACAGUUGGCUGCUGUCCUCUUGUUGCCUCCCAAAACCUGUGACCAUGCUGUGAGAGAACAUUCCAUUUAUUGUCAGAACCCUCCCGCUGGUCUUCAGAGGGCCUGUAAACCCUACAACGUCUAAAUACCAUUUUGUUCUGCCAUGGACUUGAGAGAUUUGGUGCUCCUUUGAUUGGUGGAGACUCCGGGAUUCUAAAGUGAGUCUGUUCGUGGAAAACAUACUAUCUAGCUGUCAUUUCCCAUUGGCGAGUCACAGUUGGGAGAAAAUAUUUGAAAACCCGGUAUCUGAUGAAGGACUUGUAUCCAGACUGUAUAAGGAACACUGAGAACUCAAUGGUAAGAAAACAAACAGCCCAAUUAAAAAAUGGGUGGGACACUUGAACAGACCUUCACCAAAGAGGACACACACGUAAGAUAUGCACGUGAGAAGAUGUGCAACCUCCAGUUGCCGGCGUAGAACCUCCUUAGUCAUCUCAUGUGUUUCUUCAAAAGUUUCCAUCCAGUUAAAUGCAUGGUUAACGGUGAGCGAGUUCCUGGAUGCUCUCCUGUUCAGUAAUAUUAGGACAUUGGUUGUAUUAAGGGAUCCUUUUCAUCUUCUUUUCCCUUUAUUUCCAUAAACGAAGGUUUCCAGAAGGUGGGGCGAUUUCCCUGGGUCAACAGUGACCACAGCCUUACCAAAACACGGAACAGUUUUAAGGAGGAGAAACGCACCCUGCUCAAGCCAUCAGCCGUGUGCUGGGCUGCAGAGCUGCCACCCUAAUGUGAAUGCACCCUGUGGAGCCAUGAAGCUAGACUGGCAUGUGCCAGUCACACAGGGGUCAACCACCUUUCUGGCAGUCACCCCAGCUCAGAAAGCUCAGUGUUCUUUCACAGGUUGGUACUCCUAUUAAAGCCAGCUCUUUCUGAUUUGAAAAGCCUGUGUUUCUCCUCUUUAUUGCCCAUUUGUCACUUGUUAUUAGACCUGGUCGGGUCACAAAAGAUGGAGCUGACUGUCCCCAAACCUCCGUCUCUCUCCGAGCAGAGAAGACAUGGAUGGCUUCAGUGCAUUUGGUUUUUCAGUUAGACAAAACACACAUUCUUUCACCUGUGAUUCUUCCCCUCCACCACCUCUGUGCUGUGUGUACCAAAUGGGAAUAAUAGAAUCCGUGUGUCUUGUCUUCAGCCUUUUGGUUUUCUGCCUUUGGGCUUUCUCGUACGUAGCAUAUACCGCACUGUGUUCUCCUUUUAGCAAAGCAAAGCCCGUUUCAUCACAACCGGCCCGUCCAUUCCCCUACAUGUCUCUUCAGUUGUCUGCUUAGUGGGGACCCAAAGAUUCCAGGGAGUCGAUGUACACACUCUGUAUAUAGUUCUCUUCUGGCAUAUAAAAACAAUCUGGUGCUAGGGUUGGCCCUGGGCUUUCCGGGGCAGGGUGUGGCUGACUCCUCACCUCUGUCUGUCUGAACUCAGCUGUGGAGUGCUCUGUAGCAAGAUUUCAGUCAGGAGAAUGGCCUGGGGCUCCUUUCCUGCAGCCCACCCACCGUGGAAAAUGUGUACAGAUUUCAUGCUGGACACUUAACAUGUACCUAUCAACAGAUCAUCCUGCUUGACUGUGUAACAAAAUAAAUUUACUGUCUG